GCUAGCGAUGUUGCUCGUGUUGGUUCUGGUGAGCCUCCAGCCAUUGGGCAGCCAUGGCAGACAUCCCAGGAACCGAUGGCAGACCCCUGCCUCCUCUCGCAAGGCUCUUCUCGGAAGGAGUGACAACAAUGUGAUGCCCAACGGAGGUGUUGGCCUUCCAGUGCCCACUUUGGACUGUGUGAUGACUUGGGAGGAGUUCCUUGCUAACGUUCCCGGUAAAACAUGGAAUACUAUCUACGGCAUAGACGGGGAUAAUACUCUUUUCGACGACAAAUCCCUCAAAAUGAAACUUCAGUGGACCGUUACGGCUACUGGACUUGUCAACAGGGCAGCGAGCUACUGGUCUGUGGGUGACAUGAAUUGUUCCAACUUCAACGGAGACUUUGAGCGGAAAGACCAGACAUAUGCCACUUGGUCACCUAUUGUGUCAGGGGGAACCUUCCUAACUCCAAACCGACAGGACUGGUUGAUUAGUAGCCCUCCUUAUGAUUUCAUCAUCUUUGUCAUCUGCUAUGAUACGACUAAAAUUGUUGGAAACAAGUGCCCAGAAGUCGAGGUUCUUAUGGUAGUGCUGGACAAGAGACCAGCUGACAUGAACAUGGACGGUAUUCCUGAUGGAGACUUUGAUUUCACCAACACCGACUGGACGGCCAUUGAGAAAAAGUCGCUGAGCUCCAUCGGAGAGCGGUUUGUCAAUAAUGACAGUCUGGGAUGGGAGUGGUACUGGAAAGGGCCAGAAUGUUCUUUUGUGAAGGAGUAAUGUCCUUGAUGUUCAGCAAGAAGCCGUCUCUUCAACAGUCAUUUACUUGUUAACCGACCUUGUCAGAGCUGA